UGUGGGUUUAUAAUCAAAUGGUUGCUGGUAAAGUAUGUGGCUGUCAGAGGAGUUUAUCACAGAAAGACAUGUGAUAUAGCAAAAUCGUGGCACUUUUGUUGACAGCACUUUUGUUUUGCUGUGUGACUGGUGAAAUUUUAUUCACGUAUGUAUUAUGGUAACUUUGAACAAAAAAAUAAAGAAUUAAUUUAUUAUACGAAUUAAAUGGAAACAGAGACGAGAAAUGAAGAAGUCCAGAAAGCUCGAUGUGAACUGCCUGGAAUUCGCUAUCUGUUCGCAUUCAUGGGCUUUCUAGGAUUCUGCACAAUAUAUGCCAUUAGAGUAAAUAUCAAUGUUGCAAUUGUAGCCAUGGUGAACGAUUCGGCUAUCUACAAAAAUGAUAACGAAACCAGAUCGGAAGAAUGUAACGUCACCCCACCGCCUCUCAUUGCUAAUCACUCGUCAUAUGAUCUCCCCAAGGAAGGUGAAUUCAUUUGGUCUACGCAUUUGCAAGCUGUCAUCCUCGGAUCGUUUUAUUAUGGCUACUGCAUUUCCCAAAUACCUGGUGGAAGAAUGGCUGAAAUAUUUAGUGCCAAAUGGAUCUUUGGCAUCGGUACUGGUAUUACAGCUUUACUUACUCUCCUAACGCCCAUAGCGGCUCGUUGUCACGUGGCCUUGUUAAUCGUUAUACGGACGCUGGAAGGGUUAUCGCAGGGUGUAACGAUGCCAGCUAUGCAUUCUAUGCUGGGGCGUUGGGUGCCUGAUUGUGAAAAGGCUUUCCUAUCCACGGUCGUCUACUGCGGCAUCUGUAUUGGUACUGUUGUGACUAUGCCUCUUUCGGGAUAUCUGUGUAACACAGAGUUCUUAGGUGGUUGGCCAUCUGCAUUCUAUAUGGUUGGUAUUUUUGGCUGUGUGUGGUUUAUAUUCUGGGCCCUUCUUGUGACCGACAAUCCAUCUUCUCAUCCCUGGAUAACGAAGAAGGAGUUAAAGUACAUUACCCUCAAUCAAAGGAUAGAACAAAAUGUAGAGUUACCUCAGAUUCCCUGGAUGAAAAUUGCGACUUCUGUUCCUUUCUGGGCACUGAUUAUCACCCAAAUAGGGCAAGACUGGUGCUUUUACACAAUUGUUAACGAUCUACCAACUUUCUUUGCCACUGUUUUACAUUUUAAAAUAGAAACGAAUGGAUUCCUGUCCUCGUUUCCUUAUUUGCUCCAAACCAUAGUGGGAUGUACAGUUGGUUAUCUGGCUGAUUUGACCAUUCGUAAGAAAUUCGCGUCACCGGGAUUUGUGAGGAAGUUUUGCAAUACCGCAGCUGGUUUGGGUACAGCCGCUGGACUCGUAGGUGUAUGUUUGGCUGGAUGUGAUGUCACAAUGAAUGUUGUUUUUUUCACCUGCUCUCUCGCUAUUGGUGGAUUUUGUUAUUCUGGCUACAUGGUGUCACAUUUAGAUUUAUCACCUGAAUACGCAGGUACAUUGAUGGGUAUAGCAAAUACGAUAUCAAACUUAACAGGAUUCUUGGCACCGUCUGUGGUUGGAGCUCUUACUGAAAAUUCGCCAACACUUCAUCAGUGGCGAAUAGUGUUCUUCAUCACAGUCAUCAUCCUAAUAGUGACUACUUUAGUGUUCGUGUUCUUCUCUUCGGCUGAAAAGCAACCCUGGUCUCCUGAUGUGCACCAAUAUGAAAUUUUGAAUUCAAUAGAAAAUCCCCAAAACAUACAAGUGAGAUAUGGAACUAUGAUGGACAAAUCCUAACAUUUUCUUUCUGUUAAUCACUUCAAAGACAAUGAUGUGGUUUAAGUGAAUUGGAAAAGAUCGUAAUCGAUGAAAGAAGUCGGAGGCAGUUGCUGCGAGAAUCUGACCACCAGUAAUUCAACUGGGCAUUAUUUUUAACGAUUAAUUUAUUCAUAAAAAUGUAUUUUUAAUAAAUACUUUUAUUUUAUAUAUCUA